CUCACGUGAUAAACGAAUGGGACAAUCAAAUGCCUGUCCCAGCGUUUGAGGUUUUCUGACGAACGUGGUCCACAGGUCUGGUUCUCCUAACCUUGUAUUAAAUAUAGGCAUAAACCAAGAGGUUGUCAGUAACCGUAUUGUUCUUUUUUUGUUUUCGCAAGGAAUACAUUUUGAUACGUUUUUUUAACCAUUCACACGAAGAAUUUCAACACCGCUAUUGUGGAAAGUGGAUUUCCGUGAAAAUUAGCUGCUGUACGGACGAUUUGAUUUAGAACACAAGACUUCUGAAGAAUACUACCGUUUUGGGGGGAAAAUUUGGGGCUACCUGAAAUUUGCGUGUCCCUCGAAAAUGAUACCGAAUUCAGACUUUUACGUUAGACUUCUUUGGUGUUUCACAGGUGUCAUGGUUUGUCAUGCUCAGGAAGAGUGUGGUCAACCACCCAUGGGAAAAAGGAUUGUGGGAGGAGUAGAUGCAUCAAUGGGGGCAUGGCCGUGGCAAGUGGAUAUUCAGACAGCGAAGGAUGGCCAUAUCUGUGGAGGUACCAUCAUCACUAAGGACUGGGUGCUGUCUGCUGCCCACUGCUUCCCAAAUCAGUUCGACGUGUCGGGCUAUACCCUCUAUGUUGGCCGUCACCGGCUCAACAGCUGGAACCCUAAUGAGAUAUCGUACUUCGUGGAGCGCGUCGUGAUCCCAUCCGGCUACUCGGACCCAAGUUUGGGACAGGACAUGGCCUUGGUGUUGCUGCGGAGUCCCAUCGUCUGGUCGGCGUAUGUCCAUCCUGUUUGUCUUCCUGACGCCGGGACACUGUUCCCCGGGGACCUUCCCUGCUACAUCACAGGCUGGGGAAACAUCCGCGACGGGGUCCCUCUGAGUGGAGUGGCAACACUGCAGCAAGUGCAGGUGCCAAUCAUCUCGUCGUCUUCCUGUCAGAUGAUGUACGACCUUAACCCAUCGGAGAAAGUGGACAUCCGUUCUGACAUGAUUUGUGCCGGUUAUCAAGAGGGGGGCAAGGACUCCUGUCAGGGGGACUCUGGAGGACCCCUGGUCUGCCAGAUGGUGAACGGAACCUGGGUGCAGGCUGGGGUGGUGAGUUUUGGCCUGGGCUGUGCCCAUGCCAACAGCCCCGGCGUCUACGCCAAGGUGUCCAGCUUCUCCAGCUUCAUCCAAAGCAACAUACCAGAGAUCAGUCUGUACGGCCGGGCCGGUCCCAACUGGGCCAGCUCCCUGACAGUGCUGGCUAGCUCCCUGGCCACUUUACUGAUGGGCCAGCUGCCAAGAUAGGGCUUCCGAAAAGAGCCAGAUCUUAAAGGGACAUUCUAUGUAAUUUGCCAUGAACCUGGUUUUACACUUAACUUGGCUGUAGUAGAUUACUGUUUUAGGUAAUAUUCUGCUUAAUUUUUUAUUUACCAUAUUAAUAACAUGCCAAAACAACUUUUUGACCAAACUGACUCAGUGACCACUUAUUUCCCACAUAAGCAGAAAUUCCGCCUUUCUGGUUCAAGAUGCGUGUAAAACCAGGUAAAUGUGUCAAAUUACAAAGGAAUUUUGCUUUAAAGGAAAGGGCCGAACCUGUGGUGGCAAACUAUACUACGUUUUAAUGAUAUGUAUAUGCAACUCCUAACAAAUUCAAGUGAUUCUGAAUAUACAAGUUAUCGAUAAAACGGUGAUAUUAUGAGUAUUUAGAACUAAUGAAAUGUAAAGCCAUGUUUGUCGAUCUAUUUUAGCACAUUUUAACAUGUCAUGUAACGUCAAGCUUCAAGUUUCUUAUAAUUUUGAAUGAAUGUAAAUAAAUGAUUACAAAUGUCA